GUACACUGUACUCCAGCUAACAGACAUUCACUCACAUCGGUCGUUAGCGGUCAGUUUUUCUUCUUACAUGAUUUCGAUUUAAGUUUUGGUGGAUUGCUUUUUCAAGGACAACAAAGAUGUUUAAGACCAUACUCCAACAUGCGAAGAAACACCCAGGGUUAAUCCCUCAGUUUAUCUUCACGUCUCUGGGCCUCACAGGAGCCCUCCUCUACCUGAUCCGUCUGUCCAGAGGGCCUCAUGUCACCCUCUGGGACAAGAAGAACAACCCAGAGCCCUGGAACAAGCUCGAUCCAACCUACCAGUACAAGUUUGUGGCCAUCAAUACAGACUACAAGAACCUGAAGAAAGAAGGCCCUGACUUCUAAAGGUCCUCUAGGCAGCUCCGCAGGCACCAAGUUUGGCAGGACCUCCCGCUGUCACGUCACUGUGGUGAAAAGUCUACAUUCUCACCUCAUGCUCUGUCACAGCAGCUCUGAUUUAAUACUGUAACCUAGUGAAUAAAACUCAUUAAACAGGACACA